AUGAUUCUUUUAAUUUUGGUGGUGUACAGUGUGCAAGGUUUCACAUUACCACUGUCACCGAAUACCAAUGGCGAGGUUGUCACCAAAGUGAUCGGCGGCAAAGACGCCCCAGACGGGGCCUUUCCUUAUCAAGUGUCUUUAAGGACCAAAGUGGAUCACUUCUGUGGCGGUUCAAUUCUCAAUAAACGGUGGAUUCUAACAGCAGCCCAUUGCUUGGAUCCAAAACUAACAAAGCUUUCUGAAAAGGAAAUUAUAAUCGUGGUUGGUACCAACAGUCGCACUCAAGGUGGUGACAAAUAUUACGUAAAACAAGCAAUAAGAAAUGAUGAUUAUGAUAAUGUGGAUUUAACAAACGAUAUCGGUUUGAUUGAAGUGACUAAAGAUAUACAAUUCAAUGACAAAGUCCAACCAAUCUCUUUGCCGGAUAAAGACGUUAAACCUGGAGACAACGUUUUGAUCACCGGUUGGGGCCGAGUAAGUGUAACUUAA